AUGGCCUACCAUACGACUCCUCCCUCCGAGAAACACUCGGCAGGCAUGGCACUGGAGGUCUCACAGCCCGGGCCCGUCGACACACACGCUGGCACCGAUCCCCAGUCGAACUCCAUCAACUUGACGGAGAAGGAGGACUCCGAGCACACCAACAGCACCGAUCGCCUCGUCAAGAGCCCCGAAGAGAUUCGCCUCGUACGCAAGUUGGAUCGGCGACUGAUGCCGAUCCUCUGGUUCAUGUACUGGUUCAACUACCUUGAUCGAAAUGCCAUCACCGUCGCCCGCCUGGACGGCCUCGAGAAGGACCUCAACCUCACCGCUACUCAGUAUCAGACCAGCGUCUCUAUCCUUUUCGUUGGGUACAUUCUUGGGCAGAUCCCCAGCAACAUGCUCAUCACCCGCCUCCGCCCCUCGGUCUACAUGGCUGGCUUCAUGGCCCUCUGGGCCAUAGCCAGCACUUUGACCGCCGUUGUGAAGGACUACAAAACUCUCAUGAUUACCCGCUUCUUCCUCGGCGUGACCGAAGCACCGUUCUAUGGCGGAGCCCUCUACAUACUGGCCAUGUUCUACACCAAGACGGAAAUCGCCACGCGAGUCUCGAUUCUGUUCACGGGCAACAUCUGUGCCACCGCCUUUGCCGGGCUGAUUGCCAUCGGUGUCUUCGAGAUGUCCGGCGUCGGAGGUCUGGCCGGUUGGCGCUGGCUUUUCAUCAUCCAAGGCAUUCUGACCUUCUUCAUCUCCGUUGCGUCGGCCUGGAUCCUCCCGGACGAACCCUCCAACACGCGCUGGUUGUCCGAGGACGAGCGGCGCCUGGCCACCGCACGCAUGGACGCCGAUACCACGGCGCUGCAAACAAACACGAGCACCUUGACUGGCUUGUUCGAUGCUCUCAAGGAUGUACGGCUUUGGGUCCUCAUCUUCAUGCAGCAUCUGCAUCUUGCUGCAUCGGGCUACAAAAACUUCUUCCCCUCCAUCGUGCAAACACUCGGAUUCAGCCGCAAUGUCACCCUGGCGUUGACAUGCCCGCCGUACCUUAUUUCCGGCGGGUUCUGCAUCCUCUGCGCGUACAGUUCAGGGAGGCUCAACGAACGUGUUUGGCAUAUCACUGUCUGCAAGGCUGUCGCCGUCUUUGGCUUCGUCCUUGCCUGCGCGACGCUCAACACUGGCGCCAGAUAUUUCGCCAUGUGCACCUUUGCCUCGGGAGUCUACGCCUGCAACUCCCUCAUCAUUGGUUGGGUUAGCAGCACUUGCGGCCAGACCAAGGAGAAGAAGUCGAUUUCCAUUGGAAUCGUCACCUGCGUUUCCACCUUGGCCGCCGUCUACACACCGUACCUCUGGCCCAGCUCUGACGAGCCCCGAUAUGUCCUUGCCAUGGGCACCAGCGCUGGCUUCUCCAUCGCCGCGGCCCUCUUGGCCUGGCUACUCCGAUUCAUGCUCGUUCGCGAGAACAAGAGGCUUGCGCAGAGACCCGAUCACGACGGUACCCGUUACGUGUACUGA